CGAGUUAACUCAGAGAACUUACAACCAAAUAACAGAAAACGCUGAACAUUUCCAUUGGAAACAGAAGAAAACAGUGCCGGCCAAAUGGGAUAUUCCAUGCCGCUGCACCUUAACCUUUCUUCUUCCACUUCCACCAUAAUCUCUCCAAUGGCUGCUACCCUUCUUCCUCAUCCUCACUCCUGCUCUUCCUCUCUUCUUCGCUUCCCACCCUUAUCCCAUCCUUCUGCUACAAUCUCUUCGCUCCUCACUUCCCGCUCCAACCGCCGCCGUUCUUCCCUUUCCGUCUCCGCCAGCCUAUCCGCCGUAGAAUCUCAGGCCACUUCCGGUUCCAAUGGUGAGAAAAAGCUCCUCCUCGAAGUCAAAGAUUUGACUGCGGUCAUUGCCGAAUCUAAACAGGAAAUUCUCAAGGGUGUUAACCUCACCGUCUAUGAAGGAGAGAUUCAUGCUGUGAUGGGGAAGAAUGGUUCUGGGAAGAGCACGUUUGCUAAGGUUCUUGUUGGGCAUCCAGACUAUGAAGUUACAGGAGGUAGUAUGGUGUUUAAAGGAGAGAACUUACUGGACAUGGAGCCAGAGGACCGCUCCAUUGCAGGCCUUUUUAUGAGUUUCCAAUCCCCAGUUGAGAUUCCGGGUGUGAGCAAUAUUGACUUUCUGAACAUGGCUUACAAUGCUCGAAGGCGAAAACUUGGUCUGCCGGAGCUUGGACCAAUCGAGUUCUACGCUUACAUAUUUCCUAAACUUGACCUUGUUAACAUGAAGACGGACUUUCUUAAUAGAAAUGUCAAUGAAGGAUUUAGUGGUGGUGAAAAGAAGCGGAAUGAGAUUUUACAACUUGCGGUUCUGGGGGCUGAAAUGUCUAUAUUAGAUGAAAUUGAUUCUGGAUUGGAUGUUGACGCACUUCGCGAUGUGGCGAAAGCAGUAAACAGUCUACUGACUCCGAAAAACUCUGUGUUGAUGAUUACUCAUUAUCUGCGAUUAUUGGAAUUCAUAAAGCCUUCAUGUAUACAUGUUAUGGAGGAUGGAAAAAUUGUGAAGACAGGAGACAUCAACAUAGCAAAAACUCUUGAGAAAGAAGGAUACAAAGGAAUUUCUGAUGCAUAACUGCGAAGAAUAGCUUAAUUUAUCUCUAGAGUUUCCAGAAAGAAAACUUCACUUCAUGUUUGUAUAGAUCCUCAUCCAGUAAAAGAAAAAAUUUCAGCAUAUGCAGCGCAGCAAGUGAAUUUCACUGGAUAUUUCAACCCAAGGUAUGUAGAGGCUUCACUUGCGACUUUCUCUUCAGACCGUGGUGUCGCAAUGUGACCGAUACUGAGGCUUUUGUCUCUUCAAUGCAGAAAAGCUGUUUUCUGACAGGAACAUGCCAGGAAAACCAAGGAUUUGGUAGUAAUACAUUUCUCAGGCUGGUAGAACCAUUUUUGUUUUAUUUCUUUUACUUCACUUCUUUUCUUACCCCUAAAGUCAGAAGUUCUAUCAAUAUUCUUUGAUGAGUCGUAGUUUGAUUCGCAAUAGGUAUAAUCUCUUUCAACACUUGAAACAGAUGUGAUGUUGUGAUACUUUAGAAGUUGAAAGAAAAUUGAAGGCUUUAGGUGUGUUCGUUGUAUGUAGCUUACACUAUUGACUGUUGUUUGAAGAAUAACAGAGAAUGUGGUUCAGUCUU